CAGAUAGUGUUACACGUAGCCUCAGAAUUGAAAAAUGUUGUUAAAUAUUUUAUAAAAUGCAAUAAAUAAUGACCGUGUAGCAUAUUAAGUAUACAAAAUUGAUUUUAUUAUUGUCCAUUAACAUUAUAUGCGUGCAAUUGUGUAGAUUUUAUUAAAGAAUUGUAUUGUGCAAAUAUUUAAUUCAGGAUGGCCGGAACGGAGCAGCCUUGUUAUACUUUAAUAAAUGUCUUAACAGACUCGGAGCCUUUUAAUGAAAUGCAACUGAAACAAGAUCUAGAAAAAGGUGAUAUAAAAGUAAAAAUAGAAGCGUUGAAGAAAACAAUUCAUCUAAUUCUGCAAGGCGAAAGGUUACCCGGUUUGUUGAUGAUCAUAAUACGCUUUGUCUUACCUUUGCAAGAUCAUAUGAUCAAAAAGCUAUUGCUAAUCUUUUGGGAAAUUGUCCCCAAGACUACCGCAGAUGGCAAACUUAUGCAGGAGAUGAUUCUUGUUUGUGAUGCCUACAGAAAGGAUCUCCAACACCCAAACGAGUUCUUGCGAGGAUCCACCCUGCGUUUCCUGUGCAAACUCAAAGAACCAGAACUACUAGAACCCCUCAUGCCAGCAAUCAGAGCUUGUUUAGAACACCGUCACUCCUAUGUCAGACGAAACGCAGUUCUAGCUGUAUUCACCAUCUACAAAAACAUGGAUUUCUUGAUCCCCGACGCUCCAGAACUCAUUGCCACGUUUUUGGACGCCGAACAAGACAUGUCUUGCAAACGUAAUGCAUUUUUAAUGCUUCUGCACGCUGAUCAGGACCGUGCUUUGUCAUAUUUAGCUUCUUGUCUUGAUCAAGUGAACUCGUUUGGCGAUAUUUUGCAACUUGUUAUUGUUGAACUCAUAUACAAGGUUUGUCAUAAUAAUCCGUCUGAACGUUCAAGAUUCAUUCGCUGCAUUUACAGUCUUUUAAAUUCAACAAGUGCUGCAGUAAGAUACGAAGCUGCCGGUACCUUAGUGACUUUAUCAAAUGCACCAACUGCCAUAAAGGCUGCUGCUUCUUGUUAUAUUGAUUUAAUCGUGAAAGAGAGUGAUAAUAAUGUCAAGUUAAUUGUUUUGGAUCGUUUGAUUGCUUUGAAAAAUAGUCCGACACAUCAGAAGGUACUGCAGGAUUUGGUUAUGGAUAUUUUGAGGGUUUUGGCUAGUGCUGAUAUCGAAAUCAGGAAGAAAACUUUAUAUUUAGCAAUGGAAUUGGUGUCCUCAAGAAACAUUGAAGAAAUGGUUCUCGUAUUAAAAAAAGAAGUUUCCAAAACUCACAAUUCUGAGCACGAAGACACAGGAAAAUACAGACAAUUAUUAGUUCGCACAUUACACAGUUGCUGUAUCAAGUUUCCCGAUGUGGCUGCUACAGUCAUUCCAGUUUUAACAGAAUUCUUAUCCGAUACCAAUGAAUUAGCAGCAUCGGAUGUCUUAAUAUUUGUUAGAGAAGCUAUACAGAAGUUUGAUAAUUUGCGUCCGUUAAUAUUAGAGCAUUUGCUAGAAGCUUUCACAUCUAUCAAAUGUGUACGUAUACAUCGUGCUGCUCUUUGGAUUUUGGGAGAAUAUGCUGAUAGUCCACAAAUGAUUUUGUCGGUACUGGCUGCUGUUAAACAGACUUUGGGAGAGGUGCCUAUUGUAGAAGCUGAAAUGAAACGUUUGUCUGGUGAAAAAUCAGAAAAUGAUGAAGUUCAAAAUCAGACAAGUGGUUCAACACAACCAGCUUCGACCCUGGUGACAUCGGAUGGUACUUAUGCCACACAGAGUGCAUUUAAUAUCACAUCUUCUAUUAAAAAAGAAGAACGUCCCCCAAUCCGCCAAUAUCUAAUGGACGGUGACUUCUUCAUAGCCGCCGCUUUGGCAACGACUUUAACAAAAAUGGCUUUGCGUUACAUAGAAAAGGUUAAUGAUGUUUCCAAACACAACAAGCUAUCAACUGAAAUUAUGUUGCUGUUGUCUUCGAUUUUGCAUUUGGGCAAAUCUGGAUUGCCGGUAAAGGCUAUCACCAAUGAUGAUAUGGACAGGAUUUAUUUGUGUCUUAAGGUCUUGUCCGAAAGGACACCGAGCAUUGCUCAUAUUUUCAAUGAAGAAUGUCGAAGUGCUUUGAAAACUAUGCUUAAGGCUAAGGCUGAGGAGGAGGCUGCCGUCCAAAAGACCAAAGAAAAAUUGAGCACAGCCGUCCAAGUGGACCAAGCCAUAUCAUUCCUUCAGCUCUCCGGCAAAAAUGCUGGUGAUUUAGGAACUGAAAAUGUCUUCGAGUUAUCCUUAUCACAGGCCCUUGCAGGUACAAAACCAGCCAGUGCUGCUGCCGAAGCAGCUGGUGCAACCAGCAAAUUGAAUAAAGUUACACAAUUAACCGGUUUUUCUGAUCCUGUUUAUGCUGAGGCUUAUGUGCAUGUCAAUCAGUAUGAUAUUGUACUCGAUGUUCUGAUUGUUAACCAAACAGGAGACACUUUGCAAAAUUGUACCCUCGAAUUAGCAACUUUAGGUGACCUGAAACUGGUAGAAAAACCACAACCGGUUGUUUUGGCUCCGCAUGACUUUUGCAACAUAAAAGCUAAUGUUAAAGUUGCCUCAACCGAAAAUGGAAUUAUAUUUGGAAACAUAGUUUACGAUGUGACUGGUGCAGCAUCCGAUCGCAACGUAGUCGUAUUAAACGAUAUCCAUAUCGAUAUAAUGGAUUAUAUCGUGCCAGCAUCAUGCAACGAUGUCGAAUUUAGAACUAUGUGGGCAGAGUUCGAAUGGGAGAACAAAGUUUCGGUUAAUACGAAUUUAACAGACUUGCACGAGUAUUUGAGGCAUUUGAUUCAGAGCACUAAUAUGAAGUGCUUGACACCGGAAAAGGCGUUGUCUGGUCAAUGUGGCUUCAUGGCUGCAAAUAUGUAUGCUCGAUCGAUAUUUGGUGAAGACGCUUUGGCAAAUCUUAGUAUCGAGAAGCCUUUCAACAAACCUGAUGCACCAGUUAUUGGACACAUUCGUAUCCGUGCUAAAAGUCAAGGUAUGGCUUUAAGUAUGGGUGACAAAAUAAAUAUGACACAGAAAAUGCCAUUGCAACAAAAAAUCUGUGCUGCAUAAAAGUAAGAUUAUUUCUAUCCAUA